GGGGGAGGGGCUUGUACGAGUGAACGCGGAAGUGAAGAGGACUCCAAUGCGGCCGUUCGUACCAGAAUUGCAGCGGUCGGGAACCUAUAUGGCUCGUGAGCCAUAUAUGGCUCUUCCGGUGACGGCAUAUGGCUCCCAGACAAUUUUGAGUUGAAAAAAAAAAUAAUAAUAAAUAAAAUUAAAUCAGUUUGGAACUGAUUUUAAAAUACUUGCGAUAUUUGCUUAAUAAUACUGUGUCAUUUUAAAGUAAACAGAAAUUAGUUUUGAAGAUAACAUUUCUCGGGUCACGGGUCCCGUGACCAGAAGUCGCAUUAAAAGAACGUGGAGUUUUCGCCACCGCCGCACCCGGCAAGAUGAGUGCUGUGGCCGCCCUCCCCGGUCGCCACCUUCGCCCAACUCCUCAGCAACAGCAGCAGCUGCAGCUGCAGCAGCUGCAUCAGAAAGAGUGGCGGCUGCAGCAGCAGCAGCAGCAGCAGCACAAGCAGCAGCUGCAUCACCACCUGCAGCGUCAGCAGCAGCAGGAGCAGCAGCAGCAGCAGCGUCAGCAGCAGCAGCAGCACAAUCAGCAGCAGCGCCUGCGUCAGAAGCACAAGCAGCAGCUGCAGCAUCAUUGGCAGGAGUUGCAGCAGCAGCAGGACAGGCAGGAGCAUAAUCUGCAGUCGCAUCAUCGUCAUCAGGAACAGCAACAGCAGCACAAUCAUCAGCAGCAGCACAAUCAGCAGCAGCAGCAGUUCGAGCGUCGUCAUCACGAUCAUCGUGCCACUCAGCAGCAUGAGCAGCAGCAGCAGCAGCACGACCAGAAUCGCAACCACCACCGCCGGCCGGACCGCGAGCGGCACAACGCCACUCCGCUGCCCAGCGCCUUCGUCGAGAGCUUGCGGCCGCUGUUCGCCGCGUUGGAUGACGUCGGCCGAGGCGCCGUGCACGUGGCCGAGAUAGAAUCUCGCUGGGGCGGCGGCGACGGCGGUGGCGGCGGUGACACCCGCGGCGGCGUCGGCAGCGGAGUUCUCGCCGCGCUCCGGAGGGCUGCUUCUCCCGGAGGUCACCUGACCUUCGAGCGCUUCGCCGCGGGUUUGGGUCGCGCCGCCGAGGAGAUGGACGCGACGGAAGAGCCGCCGGCGCCGGUGCCUUCCUCCUCGUCGUCGUCGUCAACAUCGUCGUCAACGUCGUCAACCUCACCGCCGCCGCCGUUGACCCCUUCGUCGCCACCGGCGUCGCUGUCGGUGAGGUGGUGGAGCGAUUGCCGCCAGCACGCUCCCCGCACCGCACCGCCACCGAUCCCGACAGGGCUCCGUGCCGCGCUGGCACGCGGGGCGGGGGUCACGGAGACUCCCGUGGAGUUGGUCCGGCUGGAACGGAACUCCGGAGUGAAGUUGCGUCGCCGCUGGGCACUCGGCCGGGAGAAAAGCGGACUCGUUGAACAGAGGGUUGUCAUGCCAUUGGCUCGCUGUGUGUGUGUGUGUGUGGCUGUCUGUGUGGCUCUGUGUGUGUGGCUCUUUGUGUGUGGCUCUGUGUGUGUGUCUGUGUGUGUGUCUGUGUGGCUGUCUGUGUGUGUCUGUGUGUGGCUCUCUGUGUGUGGCUCUGUGUGUGGGACUCUGUGUGUGUGUGGCUCUCUGUGUGUGGCUCUGUGUGUGUGUCUGUGUGUGUGUAUGUGUGGCUGUCUGUGUGUGUCUGUGUGUGGCUCUGUGUGUGUGGCUCUCUGUGUGUGGCUCUGUGUGUGGGACUCUGUGUGUGUGGCUCUGUGUGUGUGUCUGUGUGUGGCUCUCUGUGUGUGGCUCUCUGUGUGUGGCUCUGUGUGUGUGUCUGUGUGGCUGUCUGUGUGCCUCUGUGUGUGUCUGUGUGGCUCUCUGUGUGUGGCUCUCUGUGUGUGGCUCUCUGUGUGUGGCUCUGUGUGUGUGUCUGUGUGGCUGUCUGUGUGCCUCUGUGUGGCUCUGUGUGUGUGUCUGUGUGUGGCUCUGUGUGUGUGACUCUGCGUGUGUGUCUGUGUGUGGCUCUGUGUGUGUGUCUGUGUGGCUGUCCGUGUGGCUCUGUGUGUGUGGCUCUGUGUGUGUCUGUGUGGCUCUCUGUGUGUGGCU